AUGUUGGACAAGGCCAUACUAUGCUUUAAGCUCGUCUUCAUCUUCGCCCGCGUCAUGGGCGGCGAGAUCCGUCGGCUGCUGCGCUUUCGCUGGGUGCGCAACCAGGCGAAGAAGACCGGUUCGACACCGUCCACCGAGCGCACGCACAACAUCGUCGUCGUCGGCGCCUCCUUUGCCGGGCACUACGCAGCCCGCAUCAUCGCGCGAUCGUUGCCGCCCAACAGCAAGCACCGCGUCGUCGUCAUCGAGCCCAACAGCCACUUCCAGUUCACCUGGGUGCUGCCACGCUUCUGCGUGAUCCCCGGCGGCCACGAGCACAAGGCUUUUGUCCCGUACGGCAAGUAUGCGGAUGCUGUCGACGGUGCAUUGCACUGGAUCAAGGAUCGCGUGGCCAGCGUCAACGAGUCCGAGGUGGUACUGCAGGAUGCAGGCGAGCGCAUCCCCUACACGUACCUGGUGAUUGCCACUGGUGCAGCGGUGCAAAGCGGGUUACCAUCUCGAGUAAACAGCACGGAAAAGGUUGAGGGAAUCAAGCUCAUGCAAGCCAUGCAGCAGAGGAUAGCAAAUGCCGAAACGGUCGUCGUUGUGGGGGGCGGCGCCGCCGGUGUCGAGGUAGCGACAGACGCAAAGAGCCUGUACCCGGACAAGCACAUUAUCUUAGUACAUUCGCGAGGCUCGGUGAUGCAACGUUUUGGCAAGGAAUUGCAGACGGCCGCCACGGAAGGAUUGAAGCGCCUUGAGGUUGAGGUGAUUCUCGAAGACCGUGUUGUUGAAGAAGACGGCGUCAACGGCACCGUGACGCUCAAGUCUGGUCGAAAAAUCAAUUGCGGCUGUUUUAUCAACUGCACAGGUCAGAAGCCGAAUUCAUCGAUCCUCUCCACGCUAUCGCCAGCAUCCAUCUCUUCGUCGGGCUACAUCAAGGUAAAGCCCACCCUGCAGCUGAUUGACGAAAAUUUCCAAAACAUAUACAGCUGUGGUGAUGUCACGGAUACCGACGUUCCUACACCGAAUGCCCGUUCUGCUAUGCAGCAGUCCAUAGUAGCAGCCGAGAACAUCCUGCUCGCUAUCGAGGGCAAGGCACCGCAGCACGAGUACCGACACUCCUGGCCAGAGAGUAUGAUCAAGUUGACUCUGGGAUUGGAUCGCUCGGUUAGCCAUUUGAGUGACGGCAAGUCGGACAUCCUCUUCCGAAGCAAGGAGAAGAAUGAGGCGCUCAUGGCGGCCCAGUGUUGGAAGUCGCUUGGCCAAGCGCCCUUUGAGGAUGAGUACAUGCAGAACAAGGAGCCAGAGAACAAGCAUCAGGCAUGA